AUGUUUUGGUCGAGUCAUUGGUGUGGGGAUCAAAUCUUUAGUGUCUCUUUUCCGGAGCUAUAUGUUGUUUCUCUAAACAAAAAUUGUUCUGUUGGCAAUUCUUUUUACAGAGCUGGAGACAGAAUUUGUUGGCUGCCUGAGGUGUUUAUGGGUUCGGAAACAGCGGAUGCUGGGCCUGUGAUGUGUUCUGUUACAGCAAAUCAGCGGCAGCUCCUCAUGGCCAAGCUGGAUGCGGUGCGGUUAGGUGAUGGUGUGGAGGAUGGUUUCGAGUGGAAGCUGAAUGUGAAUGGCUUGUUCUCGGUGGGAAGUAUUUCAGCAGCGGUUGCUUGUGCUAAGCAGAGUGCUUGGCAGCCCCUUAUGCUGAGCAAGUUGAAUAUUUUAUGGAGUUUGGAUAUUCCUCUAAGGAUUGCUAUUUUUGCUUGGAGAUUGUUCAUUUCUAGGCUGCCCACCAUUGAUUCUUUGAUAGUUAGAGGUGUAGACAAUAUUUCCAAUUUGUGUUGUGUUUAUUGUGGGGUUCAACCGGAGUCCAUAGGACAUGUUUUUUUCGAUUGUCAAGUUUCGAAGAAUGUGUGGGAGUGGGUUUACUCUUGGUUAGGUGAGGAUGUUCCUUUUUCGUUGCAAGAGUUCAAAGAGUUUCUUGUUGUUCAAGAGGUCGUCAAGAGAGUUAAGGAUAGGGAGAAGAUUUCUUUUAUUUGGAUUGCCUUAGUUUGGAGUUUAUGGCUUAUGUGUAACUCUAUUAUCUUUGAGCAAGUUUCUUUUAGUUUUGAAUUGGUGGUUUGUAAUGUAAUGUACUUAUCAUGGAGUUGGUUAGCUAGAAUAAGUUUGUAUAACUCUUGUUCUAGCUACUAUGAGUGGUAUAAGUUACCGCUCCGGUGUUUUGAGAACUUGUAA